UGAAUGCAAAGCGGUUUCUUCACGUGUUUUGUCGCAUCACAGCGGGUUUAGCAUCAUAGCUAAUGCUUGUGAACGGUCGUUUAAUUUGUCGUUCGUGCUAACUUAUUUUCCCAUCGAAGUUUUGUUACAUUUUAAAGGAAAUCACAAAAAAUGAGUGGAGCAGGAAAGAAAGCAGAAGCAGGGUCUUCUGGAGUUCUGGGCUGGAUUAGCUCCACUUAUCGGUUCGCCACGGACAGGAACGAUUUCAGAAGGAAUGUUCUUGUGAAUCUAGGCUUGUUUGCAGCAGGAGUUUGGGUAGCACGAAACCUGUCAGACUUUGACCUGAUGUCUCCUCAGCCAGUCACAUAGUUCCUGCCAUGCCAUGAGAUUUUACAGGAGGGAACUAUGACAUUUCUUCUGAUCAAGAAUGAAAGUUUGCAACAAGGGGACCGAUGGCAAUAGACCAGUAGACACUGAAUGGAAAAAAAAAAAAAUUAGAGGACUGUUAAAGCACUGCUUUACAUUUUUGUUAAACAAGUAGUGAAACAGCUGACCUUACUGGAAGUGUCAAACUUUAUUAAGUAUAAAUAAAUACAUUUCAGGUUUA